AUGGAACAGUGCUCGUCACCAAACACUUCUCCUCAACGCCGUGGUGUUCUUCAUUCCUUGUCGAUCUCAUCAUCCAUUACUGCACGAUCUCCAAUUAUUUAUGUUUCUACUACUAAAUCACGACGACCAAAAAAUCCAUUCAUGAACGAUACUGAUAAUGCCAUUACUGGCACUAGUUCAGUCUCAUCGAAUAGGAAAUAA